AUGGAAAACGGGUGCUGGAUUGGAUUCAUGGAGAUGAAAUGGGCGGAUUGGUAUGUGGAUGUUCAAAUUGAGCUAAAAUAAUGUAGGUUCAAUCAUCGGAUGGCGAAAAAGUGUAAAAAAUUCCGUAAUUUAUGUUUUAUCCUUGUUUCCUCCGUCCUCUAAAUGCUUCAUUUCAGAUAUUCGUUGAUUCUUCGAUCACUUCCAAGGCGAUAUUGAUGUCAUGGAUAGGCCAAAGAAAGCAUUGCUGAAGAUCAUUAUUCCAAAAAUAGUGGCGAACGUUCAAAAUUUCGAUGGGUCUUGAUGUAAAAAACGAAUUUGAUGGUGAAGAUGUUGAUGAAAUGGAAUUUCAAUAUGCCUUUAUUUCCACUACGAGCAUUUGGGCCGUUUGAAGGUGGUAAUUUCAAGGAAUCCAUGGAAAUGGCACGGAGUUUUGAUGUUAGUCAAGCCUGUAAGUCAAUUUGAUGGCUUUUUGAUGUUUAGACUGAGCGAAGAUUAUGAAAACGAUGUUUUACUCGAUGUUUAGAGUCUCUGAAACAGUCCACGCGACACGAAACCGUAAAUUCGACGAGCCGGAACGACGAGAAAUCACGUCCACCAGGAGAACAGCACUCAGAACACAGCAAGAGGUCUUUCAACAAGAUUCUGACAAGAAAAACGAGGACAGAUAACAAGAACACCAUCAAUAACGUCACUCCACGGACGAGACGAGCUCCCCAUCCCUUGAAAUUACUCUACAAUAACCCUAAUCCUAAGUGAUGAUCGUAGAUAUGGUCCAUUUGACGUUGGUCUUCAGCAAUCAGCCCAUUGGUUGAAUGGGUCCAAUGUGGAAGGUACAGGCGGUUCAUCGUGUCAUCAGGUGGUGUCUCACAGCGAAAACCCCGUUAAAACUAACAAGAAGGUCAAUUUACGUGGGCAGUAUAAAAUGAUGUAAGUAUUUAUGGUUAUAUUUAGCAUAAUACAAUUAGAAUUUUUAUGGGGAUAUCCAAUUGUAAUGUUCGAUGUUUUAGGGCGCCAACGGACUUGGAAAUGGACUCAUGA